AUGUUGGUCCAGGUUUUAGUCACGCUCUUCACUGUAGUGGUAAGUUUGACUGUCACGCCUGGCACCGAACCUAAUCCUGGUUAUCUGGGGAUAGCACAGAAAGCGAUUCAGGGGGAUAACCGGCUUGGCAUAUUGGGCGGUUCGGUCUUCGGACGAGGAAAUAUCGAUACCUUCGGAUCUUACACAAAUGGCCCUUUCGGAAUCGGUCCCGGCGCUAUGCAUGCUACUGGACCUGUAGAAAAUGCUGUUGCUGGGAGAAACCCAGAUACGGAAUACGGGAAGCUCAUCAAUGAACCCAAUACACGAUGCGGGGUGAACAACGAGGCCUGGGAAAUAGCACAGUUGAAUUUCACCAUCACUACAACUGCUCAGAUCACCGAUCUCCAAGUCAAUUUUGUGUUUGCAUUACAGGAACCUGCCGGUCGAAAUCCUGACAGUAUGCAAAUCACCUUCGAUACUUUUAACGAGCAACCCUUCGACGGUAUACCAUGGUUGUCAUCCAGUUCCCCCCUCAUUACUGCAACACCUCCCGGCACCGACGAAAUUUAG